UCUGCAUUUAUUUGUGGAUCAAAAUCUGUUCAUUUAAAAUAUGAAACAAUUCUAACCUCUUACUACUAUGGCGAAGACACGACACAAGGCGACCGCUCGGAUUAUAAUUAUUUCAUUUCUAACAGAAAUGUUAUAACUAACAAGAAAUGUAAUUAAUCGCCUUUAAAUACGAAACAACUCGAGACAAGACACAAACCCCACGUUAUUUUCAGUGAGGGUCGUUCUGACGGAGCUCCUCUGCGUUAGGUGGCGGAAUGCGCGCGCCGCUGUUCGCAGAAUAUGGCGUAUAAUAAAGAAGAACAAUCUUCCCCAGCUUCGUAUCAAAGGUAGCACUAGCACCUUAGCAAACAAACCAAGGAUAUUGUUUGGUCUCUAUGGUGCUUUUCAAAACACUGUUAAUCGCUUAACGCUGGAAAGGCGAGCGAAAAACGUAGAAUCAAAGAGGUCGCGCGCGCAUGUAAAGCGAUGAGAAUUAGCAUCUGAUAUGAACGCGAGCUAACGGCUGCUGCUGAUAACGGGCAGCCGACGAGGAAUUACCGCUUUUAUUGUCCUUAGUCGGGUUUGUUACUCUCUUGUCAAGAACAGCGUAGAGCAAUUGGCAAAUAGUCGCUGGAGCAACAUUAAAGUAAACGGGGACUUGUCUGCGCUACUUUUGCCUGUGAAAUGCAUGCGUAAGAUGUUAGCCGAGCACGUAUAGCCUCAGAAUCAGAAACUCUCGUCUUUACUGCUUUCCUUCUGUCUUUUGGAGUUUGACAGUGUGUUGCAUUUAAUGCCAGUUACGCAUUCAACAAGGACAGGCGCUGUUCCAAAAGUUUAUCGGACAGCAUGGAACUUGUACAUAAGAAGGCAUUUUAGCGCUUAGACCUCGUCCCACACCGAGAUUUAGGUAAGAUCGCACCUGUACGAGCCUGUUGAAGCCAGGCAGAGAGUGAAGAUCUGUGAGUGCCACACUCAUCAUGUCCGAGGACACCAGCGUGGACCGAUUCAUAAAGGAGACAUCCAUCUUGGAAGAGUAUAACAUCAAUUGGACACAGAAGCUAGGAGCUGGGAUCAGUGGUCCUGUGAGGGUAUGUGUGAAGAAGUCAACACAAGAACGGUUUGCCCUGAAAAUCUUGAUUGACAGACCCAAAGCCCGCAAUGAGGUUAGGCUACAUAUGAUGUGUGUCUCUCACCCCAACAUUGUGAAAAUAAUGGAGGUGUAUGCCAACAAUGAACAGUUUCCCCAUGAAUCCAGUACAAGGGCAAGGUUACUGAUUGUCAUGGAAAUGAUGGAAGGUGGCGAGUUGUUCCACAGAAUCAGUCAGCACAAGCACUUUACAGAGAAGAUGGCCAGCCAGGUCACUAAACAGAUAAGCCUUGCAUUACAGCACUGUCAUUCAUUAAAUAUUGCACAUCGAGACCUGAAACCAGAGAACCUGCUCUUCAAGGACAAUUCACUGGAUGCUCCUGUAAAACUGUGUGAUUUUGGUUUUGCCAAAAUCGACCAAGGUGAUUUAAUGACCCCACAGUUCACGCCGUACUAUGUAGCACCGCAGGUGCUGGAGGCACAGAGACUCCACCAGAAAGCAAAGUCUGGAAUUAUUCCUACCUCACCCACACCUUACACAUACAACAAGAGCUGUGACUUAUGGUCCUUAGGGGUGAUCGUCUAUGUAAUGCUCUGCGGAUAUCCUCCAUUUUACUCCAAACACCACAGCCGUACUAUCCCAAAAGAUAUGCGCAAAAAAAUCAUGACUGGCAGCUUUGACUUCCCAGAGGAGGAGUGGAGUCAAAUAUCUGAAAUGGCCAAGGACAUUGUCCGCAAGCUACUUAAAGUAAAGCCCGAGGAGAGACUAACCAUAGAGGGAGUGUUAGCCCAUCCCUGGCUCAACUGCACUGAAGCGCUGGACAAUGUGCUUCCGUCUGCUCAAAUGAUGAUGGACAAGGCAGUUGUGGCUGGAAUCCAACAGGCCCAUGCUGAACAACUGGCCAACAUGAGGAUACAGGACCUGAAUGUCAAUCUAAAGCCACUCAACUCAGUCAACAACCCCAUUUUGAGAAAGAGAAAGCUACUUGGCACCAAACCUAGUGAUGAACUUUUCAUCAAUGAUCCUGAGAAUGAGGUAGAAGACACCAACGUGGCUCUGGAAAAACUACGAGAUGUAAUCGCACAGUGCAUCUUACCACAGGCUGGUGACAAUGAGGAUGAGAAGCUGAAUGAAGUUAUGCAUGAAGCGUGGCGAUUCAAUCGAGAUUGUAAACUACUCCGAGAUGGUUUGCAAGGGUUAAGUUGGGAUGGAUGGACAAAAAAUAAGACCGAAAUAGCAUUUCAUUAAGGAAAUACUAGUUGCGUAGCAGCUCAACAAUAGAGUUACAGAUUCAGGUAAGAGUUUGUAGGGUUUGUUUCUGUGUAAAUGAUAUCUAGGAUUAGUGUUUUAGUUCAAAAUGUCAAUUAUGUUUUUUCUUUAAGCUUUUAAGUGCUUAAGAUGCUGAAUUGGUUAUGAAGAAAGAGCUUGAAAUGUUUUCAUUUUGGAAGUAAGUAAAGACAAAAAUGGGACAAAUGCCUAACCAGUACUUGGCAGUAGCAGAAAGAUUUGGUCAAGUCAAAUGAAAUGAUUGUCAAAUGAAAUAUGAAGUUGUAGACUUGUUGUUUUAGUUGAUUUUAACUAAACCUGGAAAAGCACAAGCAGAUGUAUGGGCCAUCCUUGACUAAUUAAUUGCAUAAUUUCGAUCCAUAGUAUUUCAUAUAAUACCAACCUGUUAUGUUUUUCU